GACGGGAUGCCAACCUGCCCGCUCCCUUCUCUGUCUCGUCCUCUCGUUCCAACCUGUCAGAGGGCCAAAGGCAAAAAAACAACAACACGUGGUUUGGUUUUCGCUGUCACCACGACUACAUUUCCCGGCGCCCUUUGCUCCCUUUGGGCAUGCGCCUUGCUCCUCCCUGCCUAAGACUUCUUUUGUAGUUGGCAGGCGGCGAAGUUCCCUGCUAUGCAACUCGCCAGGAGCGUCCUCAUGGCCAAUUUUCGUAUAGCACUCAUCCAGCUCCAUGUAUCUGCUGUCAAAACGGAGAAUCUUAACCGCGCCUGUGGCUUUGUGAGGACUGCAGCAAAACAAGGAGCAAACAUUGUGGUUCUGCCAGAAUGCUUCAAUUCUCCCUAUGGGACAAAAUAUUUUCCAGAGUAUGCAGAGAAAAUUCCCGGAGACUCAACACAGAGGCUCUCAAAUAUCGCCAAGGAGUGUGGCAUAUAUCUCAUAGGAGGUUCUAUCCCAGAAGAGGAUGCUGGGAAGCUGUAUAACACAUGUACUGUUUUCGGUCCGGAUGGUACAAUGAUAGCCAAGCACAGAAAGAUUCACUUGUUUGACAUUGAUGUUCCUGGAAAAAUCCGAUUUCAAGAAUCAGAAACGUUGUGUCCUGGUGACUCGUUCUCUGUGUUUGAUACUUCAUAUUGCAAAAUAGGGCUUGGGAUCUGCUAUGACAUUCGUUUUGCUGAGCUUGCUCAAAUCUACACCCAGAAAGGUUGCCAGCUCCUUGUGUAUCCAGGGGCAUUUAACUUGACAACCGGACCAGCCCACUGGGAACUGCUACAAAGAGCACGAGCUGUCGAUAAUCAAGUCUAUGUGGCAACUGCCUCUCCUGCUCGGGAUGAGAAAGCAUCUUAUGUCGCUUGGGGACAUAGCACUGUAGUCAAUCCAUGGGGGGAGGUCAUAGCCAAAGCUGGCACUGAAGAAACUAUUAUCUACGCAGAGAUAGAUCUAAAGAAGCUUGCAGAAGUUCGUCAACAAAUCCCUAUUCUUUCCCAAAAGCGGUCAGACCUGUAUGCUGUAGAAGCAAAAGCUACAUGAUGGACUUGGACCAAUACACUAAUAGUUUUAGUCAAAUUUUUUAACAAUUAAGUAAGUUCAGUAUAACAAGGUAGGAAAUCAAAUUUAUAAAUAAUAAUUUGUGUUCGGAGAAAUCUGAAGGUGAGAUGUUUAUGCAUAUUUGUAUAGGUCCUUCAAUAUUUCAUUUGCUUCAUUGUAUAUUAUAAAUUAAUCACUGAAGCAGUGAUAAUACAUACAGCACAUUCUUUAAGAAAAUAAAGUUAUUAACUAUUAUGCACCAACAUAGGCUUUUGCACUAACACAUUCUAACAAGAUAAGAAUUUUUUACUGUUUUGAUACGCACCAGUGUUCAUUCAUUUGUGAG